AUGGCAGCUUGUAAAGUCGAAGGCAGUGUUGCGCUCGUGACCGGCGCCGGGUCAGGAAUCGGCCACGGACUGGCCCGGCGUUUGCUGGAGCUGGGAUGCUCAGUUGUCAUGGCAGACUUGAAACUGCGCCCCGAAGCUGAGGAGACGCUCAAUAAAUACCAGAACCCGACUAAGGGUACUGGUCCAUCCGCAUUCUUUCACCAGACCGACCUCUGCGACUGGUCUCAGAUCAACUCCCUAUGGCAGACUGCCCUGAAGACUUUUGGGCGAGUCAACCUACUCGUCAACAGCGCUGGAUUGUAUGAGCCUCCCUUCAGUGACUUCUGGAACCCUCCUGGCAUAUCUCCGCUUUCUCAAGAUCCGGCCGAUGCCCAGGUCGGCGUCUACAAGACGUAUGCCGUGAACACAAUUGCGCCCGUUAGGCUGGCCCAGAUUGCCAUUGAGUACUGGCUGCGCCCAGAAAAUCGCGAGCUCCAGGGCAAUAUUCUCUGGAUGGCAAGCAUGGCAGGAUAUAUCCACGGACUCCUCACCCCUUUUUACUAUUCGAGCAAGGCAGCGGUCGUGAGCAUGUGCAAAUCCCUGGGGUCGCUGAACAAAAUUGCUGGGAUCCGUAACGUGGCCAUAUGCCCUGGUGUCGUUGAUACACCAAUUUUCCAUGCUCAAUAUAGCCGUGAACGGGUACGGUCUGACGACCUGAUGCUCACCUUGGACGAAUUGCUUAAUGUGGCCAUGGACGGGAUCCAAAAUCCUCAGUAUGGCGAUGGAAACAUUAUCGAAGUCUUCUGCGGAGGAACCCAGGACGCUCAUGAGGUCUGUGUUCGCGAUGUACCGAUGGAGGCCGUCUACAACAUGGAAGGUCUCAAGGGCCUGGCAGCCGGGACACAUAUUAUUGCCACGCAGGAUGAAUUCGAGAAAAGGUUAAAAAAGGAGGGGAUGGGGUUCCAUAGCACAUUGAAGUGA